AGGCUCACUGGCAACAGACGGGGAAAUCUGGCGGAUGAAUAACACGCUACAACGCUUCAAUCAGCUGCAAGCACUCAUCACUGCUGUGUACAACUCUGAAGUCCAGGACAGCAGCUACUGACAGGUCCAUCCUUAAUAUACAUUAUUUGUUCUUCUCCGAUCCAUGUCAUCAGAUUUGCACUGACUGUAACAUGAAGUUAAUGGGAAAACUAUGUUCUAAUCAUACGACCUCGUUCAAUAGGCACAUCUUUGCCAGCUAUUGUUGCCAGUAAAUGUUCUGUAUAGCGUCUUCGUUUACCAGUUUCCAUAGAAAUGGGUACACCCUGACGCGCUCCUCCCACCGUCGAUCCUCCCCUCCCCCUCGGCACUCUUGUCACAGGUCUACGUCGGUUUUAACGUCGACAUGGGCGACAUCAACACCGUUUGUCGCACAAGGGUGGCGCUACCGGUCCAAAUGCUGUACACAUUGGCCUCUUCCUCAUUCUCCAAGACCUAGGAACUGUGUCUUCACUUUGUGUUUACAUCUUACAAGCAAAGCAACACAGUGGUUGUCAUAAGUUAAACGAAAGUAGGCUACCUACUUUGUAAUACCAAAUCAAAUGCAUAUACGUUGUAAAACAUUUGCUCGAAUUAACAUAAAUAUAGUUAUGGCAAAGUAAAAUAGUCGUUUAGAAACGGUAGCACUAUAUUCUACUGGUUGCGCGUGCAUGAUGAGCUACCCGGCCGCGCGCUUUGAGGACCUCGAGUCGCUCGUUCCGUAGACCUGCCGGGAGAGGAGUGGAUGGAGGGAGGGAGGAGGAGGGUGGCCCAUUCACAUUCACUCAUUGUUACAAGCUCGAGGAGCAGAGAAGACCCCCGCACGUGAAUCACACUCGAUUGAAAGGUUCCAGAUAUUCCCUCCAAGGUGUUCAGUAAUCUACACAAACAGGGUGUAAGUGCAAACCCUCCAGGCUCAAACGCUGGGCCUACAGUCAGGUGAUGGAAGUCCUCUGAUGCUUCAGACUCCUUCUCCACACGGUGAUGGAUACAACCAGCGUCCAGCAUGGCCACCCUGGACUGGACCCUCUCUCACACACAGUCUCUCAGUGAGCCGAAAAGGACCACUCCACCACCCCACCAGUACCCUCCCCCCUCGACCAACACCCUCGUGAGUGAGGCAGCACUUUAGAGGACCCGAUCCCCCUCAGCCGACACGGUCCUCAGCCCCUCCACUCCCAGGGACCAUGGGCCUGUGGUGGAUGCUGUCUGUGUCCAUGCUGACCGCUUGUGUGGCCAUCCCCAUGGAUGCAGCAGCUGGCAGCCACAGCAUGUUCACCUGCGAGCCCAUCACCCUGCGCAUGUGCCAGGGCCUGGCCUACAACGCCACCUUCAUGCCCAACGUCCUCAACCACUACGACCAGCAGACAGCUGCUCUCGCUAUGGAGCCCUUCCACCCCAUGGUGAACCUGCAGUGUUCUCCGGAGCUCAGGAUGUUCCUGUGUUCCCUGUACGCUCCCGUGUGCACCGAGUACGGCCGCACCACGCUGCCCUGCCGCCGCCUCUGCCUCCGCGCCCGCCGUGACUGCUACCAGCUCAUGGACAUGUUCGGAGUGGCCUGGCCGGAGGAGAUGGACUGCAGCAGGUUCCCAGACUGUGACGAGCCGUACCCGCGGUCUGUGGACCUGCUCUCCAGCGCCGACAGCACCGAGGACUCCACGGUCUCCGUCCAGCGGGACUACGGCUUCUGGUGUCCCCGGGAGCUGAAGACGGAGCCCGACCUGGGCUACUCCUUCCUGGGCGUGCGUGACUGCUCUCCCCCCUGCCCCAACAUGUACUUCCAGAGGGAGGAGCUAGCCUUCGCUCGCUACUUCAUAGGCGUGGUCUCCAUCGUGUGUCUGUCGGCAACCCUCUUCACCUUCCUCACCUUCCUCAUCGACGUGUCGCGGUUCCGCUACCCAGAGCGGCCGAUCAUCUUCUACGCCGUGUGCUACAUGAUGGUGUCCCUGGUUUUCUUCCUGGGCUUCCUGUUGGAGGAUCGCGUUUCCUGUAACGCGGCGAUCCCCGGAAGAUUCCGGGCAUCUACUGUGACCCAGGGGUCCCACAACAAGGCGUGCACUCUGCUCUUCAUGGUGCUCUACUUCUUCACCAUGGCGGGCAGCGUGUGGUGGGUCAUCCUCACCAUCACCUGGUUCCUGGCCGCCGUGCCCAAGUGGGGCAGCGAGGCCAUCGAGAAGAAAGCCCUCCUGUUCCAUGCCUGUGCCUGGGGCCUGCCGGGUGCGCUCACCGUCACGCUGCUCGCCAUGAACAAGAUCGAGGGCGACGGCAUCAGCGGCGUGUGCUUCGUGGGGCUGUACGACCUCACGGCGCUGCGCUGGUUCCUGCUGGCACCGCUGGGCCUGGACGUGCUGGUGGGCGUGUCUCUGCUGCUGGCGGGCAUCGCGGCGCUGAACCGCGUGCGGAUGGAGAUCCCCCUGGAGAAGGAGAACCAGGAGAAGCUGGUCAAGUUCAUGAUCCGCAUCGCCGUGUUCUCCGUCCUCUACCUGGUCCCCCUGCUGACCGUGCUGGCCUGCUACCUGUACGAGCACACCUACCGGCCCGUCUGGGAGACCACCUGGGUCCAGGAGCGUUGCCGGGACUACCACAUCCCCUGCCCCUUCCAGGUAAGACCCGGGUCCCAGUGCCAGGUGUACUGUAUGCUGUAUACAGGUAUACUGCAGGAUGCUCUCUAUGCCAUGCAUUGCUGCCAAUAUUGUACCACAUUAUCAGUUAGUAUACUAGUCUUUUUUCUACCCACAAACACAACAUCCCCUCGUCCUACCAGGUAAUAUACUGCUUCUACGUUGUGCUGUAAAACCAACAGCAUUUCCCCAGUGACAACUCAAAAGGGGUCAUGUUGAAUUUGUGUGAAAGAACUUUAAAUUCAACUCAGCAUUCGACGAGAGGGGAAUAAAUACUUUAUCAACUGACA